AUGGAACAAGGGGAAGGGAGUGUUAAGAAUAGACAACCUCAGCGAGCAGCACCAGCACCAGCACAACAACCUCAGCAGCAUCAGAAAUGUCCACGCUGCGAUUCUUUGAACACAAAGUUCUGCUAUUUCAACAACUAUAGCUUGUCACAGCCUCGCCACUUCUGCAAAUCGUGUAAGAGGUACUGGACACAAGGUGGAACCUUCCGGAACAUUCCAAUUGGUGGCACUUCCCGUAAGGGGAAACGUGCCAAAAUUUCUUCAUCUUCCAUUUCACAAACUCAACCUCAGCCAAAUUUGACAACGUUGACUAGGCCUUCUCCACCACCCACUUUGGUUCAGUCAACCACUACCCCGAAUUAUCAACUUGGCCUUGGUGGGUACUUGUCUUCUCUCACUGCCAGUGAUGUUACGGGUUCUUCUAAUUCGCCUCUUCUAUCUGGCUUCUAUCAGAUGGCAAACAGAGAUAGGGUGAACUCUCUGUAUCGUGCACCACAAGGUUUCAUUCCAGUUCCAUCAAGCGUGGCUAGUAACAUUGCUGUUAAUUCUCAUUCUCAUAAUUGGUCACAAAGAUUGCUCAAUAAUGCUACAAACCAAAGGACUAGUUCUGAUGCCUCUUUGUGGAGUACUGUCAAACCCACUUCCAUCAGUGGUAACUCUGAUCAGAAUAAUAUCAGAGGUGGUUCUUCUUCUUUCAACCCGAGUCUUUACCCCGAUCUACCUGGGUAUGGGAUUGGGCCUCCUCAAUAA